AUGACAACCAACGAGCCAUUUUACCUGCGUUACUACUCUGGUCACCAAGGCCGAUUCGGACACGAGUUCUUGGAGUUCGAUUUUCGAGUGCUCGGAGACGGUCGCAGCGCAUCUGCCCGUUAUGCCAACAACUCAAACUACCGCAAUGAUUCACUCAUCCGGAAAGAGAUGUGCGUCAGCGAUGCUUUGGUAGCUGAAAUCAAGAAGAUCGUCAAGGACAGUGAGAUCCUCAAGGAAGAUGACACAAAGUGGCCCCAGAAGAACAAGGACGGCCGUCAAGAGUUGGAAAUCCGGUUAGGCAGCGAGCACAUCUCUUUUGAGACUGCGAAAAUUGGCUCGCUCCAGGACGUACAAGACUCGUCAGACCCGGAAGGCCUCCGCGUCUUCUACUACCUGGUGCAGGAUCUCAAGGCUCUGGUCUUUUCUUUAAUUUCUCUGCACUUCAAGUCUCGUCGCACCUGCUAUCGGACCAUGCCGACGCCGGAUGAUGAAGCCAUGGUCUCGCCGGUGGAGCACGAGAGCAUCGCUGGCCGCCCGACUUGUCCACCCGAGGAAUCGCGCGUUAUCGCGACCCACGAAUUGAAUGAGACACGGGGCGCCCACGACGACAGCAAUGCCAGCGCCGUGCCCGAUGCUCCCAUGCAGCAGCCCACUCCGUCUCCACAAAACUCGCGCGAGCAUACCCAGGCGCCCGACGACAUCCAGACCAAGCUGCCCAGCACCGACAGAGACUCGCCCAGCAGAGACAUUCCCACGCCUAUGACGGCGACAGACGACGGCACUGAAGAGCAACGCACCUCUCACGUCUCGCCGCUUUCUCCCGCUGCGCCAACUUCGCUGCUCGCCAGCCAUCUUUCGUCCCCAUUCCCCGCGCAUAGGUUCCUACCCAACACAUCCUCGUCCCUCCUUCGGCCCGGCAGUCGCUUCGUGGGCACCCAAACCUCCGACCGCCAGCAGUAUGACGUCGAAGUCGAUAUAAAACAUGUCGACAUGCGCGAGUCCUUCAUGUGUGGAUACUUGCGCAUCAAAGGGCUAACGGAAGACCACCCAAGUCUGACGACGUACUUCGAAGGCGAGAUCAUCGGAACCAAAUACACCUUCAUUACACAGCAUCCGGAAUGGGGCUCCAACGAGAAGGUCGACCGGCAACACUGGGGGCGGUUCGACGCAUACAAGCCGAUUGCUAAGUACUCUGCGCGCCAGGAGCAGGUGUCGAAGGAGCUGAACCAGAAGGAACACCUCUUCAUGCGGUGGAAGGAGUACUUUCUCGUGCCAGACCACCGAGUGAGGACCAUCAGCGGUGCGAGUUUUGAAGGCUUCUACUACAUCUGCUUCAACCAGCUCUCGGGUGGCAUCGAGGGCAUCUACUUCCAUGCUAAGAGCGAGAAAUUCCAGAAGCUCAAUUUGAAACACAUCCAAGAUUUUGGGUGUCAGGGCGCGAUUGAAUUCCGAUAA